CGGUGAUUGGCUGGCCUGUGCAAGCGCUAAGUCGCCUGGGAGUUGUAGUUCUUUUGGUUUGAUAGGUGACGCUGGUAAAAGCUAGUAGUUGGAGACAGUUAGCGGUGAUUGCGUUUGAUCUCUGCCGCCAGCAUCAUGUCUCGUGUAUUGGUGCCCUGUCAUGUGAAAAGCACCGUAGCCCUGCAAAUGGGCGACAUGAGGACCAACCAAGGUCGGCCUGGCGUGCUGGUCGUCGAUGUCACCUUUCCCAACGUCGCGCCUUUCGAGGAGAUCACAUUUAAGAAUUACUACACAGCUUUCUUGAGCAUCCGUGUUCGUCAACAUACUCCACUGCACACACCAUCCAAGUGGGUAACUUGUCUGCGGGACUACUGUUUGAUGCCUGACCCACACAGUGAGGAGGGAGCCCAGGAGUAUGUAUCACUGUUCAAGCACCAGAUGCUGUGUGACGUGACCAGAGUACUAGAGCUGCGCCUGAUACUGCAGCAGCCGUCACCACUAUGGCUGUCUUUCACAGUAGAGGAACUGCAAAUUUACCAGCAGGGACCGAAGAGUCCCUCCUUGACUUUCCCCAAGUGGCUUUCCCACCCAGUGUCCAAUGAGCAGCCUACUCCCCGCCUUGAGGGUCUCCCAGACCCCAGCAGAGUAUCCUCCGAGGUGCAGCAGAUGUGGGCACUGACAGAGAUGAUUCGGGCUAGUCACACUUCCACGAGGAUCGGCCGCUUUGAUGUGGAUGGCUGCUACGAUCUGAAUUUGCUCUCCUACACAUGAGCAGCAGCUUCUACUUGAGACAUUGGCCUUCUGGGCUCAUCCAGGCGUGGUUUGGCCACCAGAGGCUGAAAUGUGUUCCCUCCACAUCCAAGUUUUAUCUGGGUCAAAGGAAUUCCUGAGUUCACCUUGUUGUUUUAGCAUGAAUUCUUAGUGGGGGCACUUUCUGUCUUUGUCUGACAUGCAAAUUCAGUUUCUUCCUCUCAAAAGUUACAGGUUCUACUUAGAAUCCUUGAGUUCGUCCUGCCUCUCCUGCCAGUAUGCACACCCCUGUCUUCCUCCAUUUUCCCCAUGUUGAGAUAAACCUGUUUCAUGUAGCCUAGGAAGGCCACUGCUGUUUUGACAUUUAUGACCCGGGAAGCUUGAGGAAGAGAUGCCCCCCAUUCAUUCCUCUGCUUCUGCUGGUGGCCUUUGUCGUUUGUAUUAUAUCCAUAAAAAAGAAAAUGUC